CCAUAAGUCCAUAACCUCUGCAUCUCCACAGAGUCCCCUGUUUUUUUUGUCCCCUUCCCUUCAGAUUUUCACUCUUCCCCCUCUCCUUACAGAAUCCUUUCUUUAUUAUGUUCAGUGUUCCCCUUUCGUCUUUUCAAAAAACCAUUGCCGCUUUUCCCCCUUCUCUCAGCUGUUACAAAAGCUAUUAUAACCAUCCUCUGCUUCGUUCUUUCCAACUCCCCAAAACGGCUUCCCUUUUUCCGCUCCCGCUUUCAUGGUGGUUCCUUUUUUGACCCUUUGCCCCUCUCCGUGUAAGUAACCCACUUUCUUUCUGGGUUCUCUGCCUUCAUUCUCUCUGUUUCUCCUUUCCCUCUGGCUCUCCCCCUGUUCUUACAAAGGGGCAAGAACUAGGAGAGACAAAAAAAGAUGGGUAAAGCUGCUAGGUGGAUCAAGAGCUUGUUUGGGAUAAAACCAACCGCCAGUGAGGGGAAAGAGAAGCGGACAUGGAUGUGCGGCGGAUUCGGGCAUUCGGGUAGGGAUUCCGGCGAGUCGUUGUGUCGAAACCCGGCAACCAUCCCGCCUAACAUUUCUCCGGCGGAAGCUGCUUGGUUGAAGUCUUAUUACUCCCAGACGGAGAAGGAGCAGAGCAAGCACGCCAUUGCGGUUGCUGCCGCCACCGCUGCGGCGGCGGAUGCUGCGGUGGCUGCUGCUCAGGCGGCCGUGGCUGUCGUCAGGCUCACUAGCCACGGAAGGGGAACGAUGUUCGGCGGUGGCAGCCACGAACGAUGGGCUGCUGUCAGGAUUCAAACCGUUUUCAGAGGUUAUUUGGCGAGGAAGGCUUUGAGAGCUUUGAAAGGAUUGGUGAAAUUACAGGCCCAUGUGAGAGGUUAUUUAGUGAGGAAACAAGCGGCGGCGACUCUUCACAGUAUGCAAGCGUUGAUCAGGGCUCAAGCCGCUGUUAGGUCUCAGAGAGUAGCUGCUCGGAAUCGAAUGGAAAUUCGAGCUCGGAAAUCAAUGGAGAGAUUUGACGAGAUGAGAAUUGAUGAUACGGCGUCAACCCACCAUAGUCGGAGGCUCUCUGCUCCGCUAGACAGCGGAGUGAUAUUUGACGGCGCCAGCAAUCUGGCUGUCGCCGACGAUACGCCGAAGAUCGUGGAGAUGGAUACAGGGAGCAGGCCCAGGUCCAGAUCUCGACGAGGUACAACUACAAACACGGGUUCCUCUGUUUCCGAUUUCGGUGAAGACCCUCCGCCGCCGAUGAUUGUGCACUACCCUCCCCGGCUGUCGAUCCCCGAUCACCGGAACUUCCACAAAGACUACCCUUCUUCCGACUGGGGAUUGACCGGCGACGAGUGCAGAUUCUCCACGGCGCACAGCACUCCUCGGUUUCUGACGCCGGGGCAAGGCGGCGUUGGAGGGUGCUGCGGCGGCGACGGCGGCGGAGACGGGGGAGUCAACGCGCCUGCGCCGUUGACCCCGGCGAAGAGCAUCUGCGGCGGGGAGAAUUUCUUCCGGUCGCCGUACGGUGGCUACUACCCAAACUACAUGGCGAACACGCAGUCGUUCAGGGCGAAAUUGAGGUCCUACAGCGCACCGAAACAGAGGCCGGAGCCGCCGGCGUCGGCGGCGGGGCCGGGGACGGGGAAGAAGAGGGUUUCUUUGAACGAGUUGCUAGAAUCGAGGACCAGUUUGAGCGGGGUGAGGAUGCAGAGGUCGUGUUCGCAAGCGCAGGACGCCAUUAAUUUCAAGAAUGCGGUGAUGGGGAAGCUUGAUCGGUCGUCGGAUUUCUUCGGUAGGGAAAAGGAGGUUUUACAGUUAGAGAGGAGAUGGUAGAAAUUUGCAGAGGCACCCAAUUAAGGAGAUUUUAUUACAUAAUUGUUAAUUAGGCUUUUAAUCAUUAGAGAAGUGAUGGUAGAUUGAUUAACAAAGGAGAAAACUGUAACGGUCACCAGAUUAGUGAUUGAAUAUAGUCCUACAUAAAUAUCACCAUUAAUGUUGGAGCUGUAUCCUACAAAUCACAAAAGAAAUGC